AUGGAGCACAGCAACCAUAACGGGGACACCCAGUCAGGACCGGCAUCCGCUAUGAACGGAACUCGAAGGAAUCAAAAUCGAUCGGUUCGAGUCAGUUUUGAACCAACUCCAGACUCCGUUAUCUCACCACGCGACCGCUCGCCCACACCAUUGAAUAGCCAUCAUCGGUCACUUACCGAAGUAGAGCCUCAGGAAUCGCCAUCAGCGCAACCAGCUCGAUUCGACGGAUCAUACGACAGCAAUGGUGCUACAGUAACAGAAACUCUAGCGCCUCCGAAUCGGCCUUCCUUAGGCGGUAGGCCAGGUGCACUCCAACGCGCAAGGAGUGAUUAUGGACCUAGGUCGGUGCUUAGCAGUCAAGCCACCCCCAAUGAGGAGGAUGACUUUGCAAUGAGGCAUGGAUGGCAGGAAGAAUAUACGUCAACUGAAUAUUUGAAACUACUUCAUUCCAACUUUUAUAUGUACUUUACCGAGAAACGGCAUGAAACAAGCGGUCUUCCACGAGAGCCGUCUGGGAGCUGGGCAAUACAAGAAUGGCGUAUGAGGGAUCGCUUGAAGACAGUGUCGGCGGCACUAGCAAUUUGUUUGAAUAUCGGCGUCGAUCCUCCGGAUGUCGUAAAGACCAAUCCUUCCGCCAAGCUAGAAUGCUGGGUAGACCCUACAUCUACGACAGGUGGGCAGAAUAAGAUGAUGGAACAGAUUGGGAAGAAAUUGCAGGAGCAAUAUGAGAAUCUCAGCUUAAGGACGAGGUACAAACAAUACUUGGAUCCAUCGGUAGAUGAGACAAAAAAGUUUUGUAUUUCUCUACGCCGAAACGCCAAAGACGAGAGGGUUCUAUUCCAUUACAACGGCCAUGGUGUUCCACUUCCCACUCAAUCAGGAGAAAUCUGGGUAUUCAACAAGAAUUACACUCAGUAUAUUCCAGUCUCGCUAUACGAUCUUCAGUCUUGGCUCGCAGGACCCAGCUUGUUUGUCUUUGAUGUGUCCCAUGCAGGAAACAUAAUACAUAAUUUUCACGGCUUCGUUGAGAAGCAUGAGAGGGAGAAUAUCGAAGCGAAGAAGAGGGAUCCCAAUGCACCCAUUCAAAACUAUGGUGACUGCAUCUUGCUGGCGGCUUGCCAGAAGUCUGAAACUCUUCCAACAAAUCCUGACCUUCCUGCCGACCUAUUCACUUGCUGUCUCACUACGCCUAUAGAGAUUGCAUUGCGAUUUUUCAUUCUACAGAAUCCCCUGAACAUUAACCUCAAAUUGGAAGAGUUCAAGAUUCCCGGACGUUUGCAGGAUCGAAGAAGUCCGCUGGGCGAAUUGAAUUGGAUCUUCACCGCUAUCACCGAUACUAUUGCGUGGAAUACUCUUCCCCGUCCUCUAUUCAAGAAGCUUUUUAGGCAAGAUUUGAUGGUUGCAGCUCUUUUCAGGAAUUUUCUGCUGUCCGAGCGAAUUAUGCGGACUUAUCAAUGCCAUCCCAUGUCGUCUCCCAAGCUGCCGGAAACACAUAACCAUCCGCUCUGGCAAAGUUGGGAUCUUGCCAUAGAAAUGGUUCUGAGUCAGCUUUCAGCCUUGCUUGACAAUGAGGAGGGGCGGAGGCAGUAUGAAUACCAACAUUCUACUUUCUUUGCCGAACAGUUGACAGCAUUUGAGGUCUACUUGUCGUCUGGGCCGACGGAGAAAAAUCCUCCGGAUCAGUUGCCGAUAGUUUUACAGGUUUUACUCAGCCAGGCUCAUCGAUUAAGGGCACUAAUUCUGCUGAGUAAAUUCCUUGACUUGGGGCCAUGGGCUGUUCACUUGGCACUCAGUAUCGGUAUUUUCCCCUACGUCGUCAAGCUACUACAAUCAGCCGCCCAGGAACUAAAGCCUGUUAUGGUGUUUAUCUGGGCUCGAAUAAUGGCUGUGGAUCACUCUGUGCAGAAUGACCUUUUGAAAGACAAUGGCAUUCACUACUUCAUCACUAUUCUGAACCCCACAUCUCCCAUUCCUGUCGGCAAUGCAAGCGAGCACCGAGCAAUGUGCGCUUUCAUAGUCUCAAUCUUCUGCAAGAAUUAUCCUCAAGGCCAGAAUGUAUGCCUUUCUGCAGAGCUUUUUGACUCUUGUCUGAACCAUCUCAUGGAUGUGGAGAACCCACUGCUCCGACAAUGGUCCUGCCUAUGCUUGAGUAUGCUCUGGGUAGAUUUCCCAGAUGCGAAAUGGAUGGGUAUUCGCUAUGCGGCACCUCAAAGACUGUGUGAGCUGUCUCUUGAUCCUGUCCCGGAAGUGCGCGCUGCAAUGCUGCAUGCACUGACCAAUUUCCUGGGCAUACCCGACUUGACGGAUCAAGUUGCUAAGAUUGAGGAGGUUAUUGCCAUGGCAAUUCUUCCUAUGUCAACCGAUGGCAGUGUUUUGGUAAGGAAGGAACUCUUGGUAUUCUUCUCUACCUUUGUCAAGCGAUACGAGAACAAGUUCCUAGUUGCUGCUUAUGAGGGAAUGGUCGAAGAGAAACACUCAUUGCUCCGCCGGGCACAAAAUGAAUCUAACCAGUUUGCACUGCUCGGUGAGACCGAUGACUCUGAUGACAAUUCGCAUUCUUUGUCUCACAAUACCACUUUUGGAACGAUAUGGAAACAGCUUUUGAUUCUGUCCGUGGAUCCUCAUCCAGAAAUUGCUCAAGAUGGCAGUACUGUUGUAGACUACAUUCACUUCGCUCUGUUACAGUCCCCGAUGGCUACCAUGGCUAACAAGGUCCGCGAAGAAAUCAUGGACAUUGCGGCUCGUCUUAAUCCGAACAAGCCGCAGCUAGCAGAGCCGGUGGAGUUCAAGGCUGCGCAUCCCGCCCCUCCCGCUCAACCUCAACCUAAGAACGAAGGCUAUUUCUCCUUGAGUAUGAGACGAACAGCCAGUGUUGCAGCAUCACUCAAAAAUCUUGCCUUUGGUCCAGCCACAUCAGCUGACCAAGAGCCAUUAUCACCGACUUCAUCUCAGCACAAAGCCUCGCCUACUAAGAGCAGGCCACCCAUCACUCCACGCGGGCGCGCGCCACCAGAAUGGACCCGACCCCCUGAGGUGAACGAUCAAGUAGCUCCGGCAACAGCUUAUCAUCAAGCGCCAGCGCCUCUUUCCAGAGGCUUUGAAUCGAAAGAUCUUAGCGUUCCUCCAUCGAUACCCUUGAAGAGUCGUUUCUUAGAUUGGUCUACAGAGUAUUUCCGUGAACCGCAGAUGAAACCUAACGAGCCUGAUGAGCCAGGUAGUGCCGACUACAAUGAACGCCUUUGGCGUCGCAGUCGGAACGAGAGGAUCAUAGCCGAAACUCAGCCUCUCAAAGAGAAAGCUGGCAGCAGUCGCUGGCAUGUCUCGACAGCAUUGCUAACCAACGAUAGCCAGCCUAUGAAGAUGUCAUUCCACCAAUUCGAAGAUCAUCUCGCCAUUGGCGAUGAUCGUGAUGGAAUUUCUAUAUGGGACUGGCAACGGAACAUUUGCCUCAAUCGAUUUUCCAACGGCAAUCCUCCGGGAUCGAAGAUAAACGAGAUCCGAUAUAUCAAUGAAGACGACCAGGCACUAUUGAUGACUGGAUCUUCGGACGGAGUCUUGAAGGUUUACCGAAAUUACGAGAAACGCAAGAAAAUCGAAAUUGUCACUGCAUUCCGGGCUCUACCUGAACUUAUACCAAGCAAUAGAAAUGCCGGUUUGGUAUUUGACUGGCAGCAAGGUCAGGGUAAGGCUCUGGUUGCAGGUGAUGUCAAAGUCAUUAGAGUUUGGAACGCUGCCACGGAAGUCUGCACGAAUGACAUUUCGGCACGUUCCGGAUCUUGCAUUACCUCUUUGACCUCUGAUCAAGUUGCAGGGAACAUCUUCAUUGCAGGAUUUGGAGAUGGCGCGGUUCGUGUCUUCGAUCAGCGGCUCAAGUCUACGGCAGCCAUGGUGAAGGUGCUCAAUACAAGCGUAAUGGCAUUCUUGGGAAUACUUGCUACAGCCAGCUUCGGGGCUUUGACAUUCAUCACCUAUUUCCGCCAUGGAGAACACCAUCUUUAUGGUGCCAGCUAUUUCGCUUCUUUCCUCCUGAUCUGUACCAGUGCAAUAAUCUAUCUCGUUUCGAAGCAAGGACAGCCCUUCUACGAAGCCCUCGGCACCACAACCAAAACCGCCACCUCCUUUCUCUUUGGAAUAUACACAACCUGUGUCCUUUACCGAGUCGGUCCUUUCCACUCUUUACACAGAUUCUCAGGUCCUUUCAGCGCCCGAAUCAGUAAUUCCUGGUUAUUCUUCCAAGUCACACCCGGCAAACAGGCACAUCUCGUCCUCCUCAACGCACACGACAGAUACGGCAAGAUCGUGCGCGUAGGAUCCAACACUUUGUCUAUUGUGCACCCCAAGGCUGUCGAGAAGAUACAUAAUACAUGCCUCAAAGCACCAUUUUACGACCUCAACAGCCCAAGUACCUCUAUCCAAACAACCCGCGAUAAAUCGCUGCAUGAUCAGCGACGCCGGCCAUGGAGUAAGGCAUUCUCCGAAACCAGGCUACGUGAUUACGAGCCGAGAAUUAAGGAGAUUCAUCGACAUCUAUUGGCGCGUAUUGAUCGGGACUCUUCGAUGAGCCAAAAGAACGAGAAGAAUAGCCCCGUUGAUGCAACGCGUAUCAUCAAUCAGUACGCCUUCGAUGUCAUGGGUGAAGUCGCUUUCGGCUCGCAUUUUGAUAUGCUGAGUACUAGUAAAAACCACAAAGCUGUUGAUAUGUUGAAUGAGUCUAUAGGGUUGGUCGGGUUCAUGUGUCCGAUUUGGUUGAUUCGGCUUGCUGUUGCGAUUCCGGGCCUGACGCGGAAGUGGUGGCAGUUUGAGCAGUAUUGUUUUGAGCAGAUGCUGAUGUGUAGAUCGACGAAAUCGAGCUCGCCUGUUAUCGCGUCCACUCUACUUGAGCCGUACGAGAAGCGAGAACCGACCCCGUUCGAGACGAGGAUAUUGCGAGGAGAGGCACAGUUGCUUGUAGUAGCUGGAAGCGACACCACAUCCGCAGCCCUAACAUGCGCCCUCUACGAACUCGCGCGCAACCCUCACAUCACAACCCAACUCCAAGACGCAAUCUCCGCAUCCCUACCCCCCAACGAGAAAGAGGUCGGUGCCCACCACGUCCGGAAUAUAGAAAUUCUGAAUGGCAUCAUAAACGAGACUCUCCGCCUGUAUCCGCCUGUGCCUACGACGUUAUGGCGACUGACACCUCCUGAGGGAUUAUGGAUUGAUGAUGAAACGUAUAUCCCGGGAAAUGUGACUGUGUCAACACCUCAUUAUGUCCUUGGACGACGCAACGACAUCUACGACCGCCCAAACGACUUCCUCCCGGAGCGAUGGUCCUCAAACCCGGAAUUGGUUAAACAAGAAAAAGCAUUUGCGCCUUUCAGUGUUGGUGCGCACACUCUCCCCAUUUCCAUUUACUCUAGAACUAUACCCCUGGCCAUGAUGAAUCUGCGCAUGACGUUGGCACAGCUCAUAUAUACAUAUGACAUUUCAUUUCCAGAGUCAAUGACGAUGGAUGAAGCCAAGAUUGCGAUGGAGGGGAAUAUGAAGGAUAACUUUACGCUUAUGCCAGGACAGUUGGAUUUGAUAUUCAAGAGAAGGGUAUAG